AUGCAAGAAAAGUCUUCAUCUGGCGUUCCGUUCUCAUUUCAAUCUCAGGAAUGCUUAAAAGAUACUUCUUCUGCUAAGACCCCUCUUGCUGCAGAACCAGAGGCCACCCCACAGACUGUCAUUUUUCACCAGUUUUCCACCUCAAGUACUGUGACAGUGAAGGAACAAACAUCUGAUGAGUGUCUUUUAGAUGCAGAACUCCCAAGCACAUCACCACUGCCUGUAGCUGCUUCUCCCCGUGCUGCUCGCACUGGACCCAUUAAGACAGGUGGCCGAGUUUUUGUGUUGGACCAUAACAGAUGGACGGAUCCAAUGAGAAAUGCCAUUGAUGUUUUCCUGGCAAAGCACCACGGGAGCAAGGAUCUCCUUACAAAUGUGGAUGCUGAAUAUGCUGCUAUGGUACAGAGUGCCUGCACUGACCCCAACAGCCUUCUGCACUCAACAACCACAAAGCUCAUAGGCAGGUACAUAAAACACCUUGCUAAAAAAAAGAACACUAAUGCUUCUCUCAACACCAGCCCAGAAAGACUCUUGGAGACACAGCAGUUAUGGCAGCGUCUUCACUCAGGUAGUGAAACAAUCAGUGUCCCAGUGACAGUACUGCCACCUGCCCCAGUCAAUCCACCUGCAAGGACUGUCCCUCUGGACCAGGCAGCGCUCGAGAAGAUGGUGAAGGAAAUCGUAGAGAAGCAGCAGGCAGUUCAGCAGCAACAACAGCAGCAGGUGCCGCAAAAAAAGCAAACCAGAUCCUGUUUAGCCUGUGGCCAGCCUAAGUCUCGAUACAUGGGUGAUGGCUCCUCAAUACAUUUCUUUUAUCAAGGUUGUGAUGUUAAAUACUUCUACUGCUCCAAGAAAGUAUUUGACACUUAUUCAGCAUAGGGCCUGACGAACCCCAGAAUGCCUUUUGAAGACUUUGCAGAGACUCCUUUUUUUCAGCGGGAACUGGAGGCCUCUAAGCAGAGAGGGGCAGAAAGGAAGAAGGUCACUGUGGAGAGAACCAAGCGGAGUCAGCAGUGGAGCAUCCUACUGGUCGUCUGUGCAGAUUCUGUCACCUGCCACUGAAACAAGGACCCAACAGUCCUCAUAUUCAUACUGGUUUCCCUGGAGUGGCAGGAAAAUACAUUUACUGUCCUGCUAAAGUGUUUUCCCUUUAUCAGGCUCAGGGAAUGAGUGCGGAAAUGUCAUGGAGAGACUUUCAGCAGUCUCCAUUCUAUGAGGCUGAGAAGCAGAGGUGGAUGGAGGAAAAGAAAAAAUGACUUCACUGUGUUA